AUGUCAGCAUCCCCAGCAAUCAUGUCAGUCUGGGAUUUCCUGCUCUCCCUCUUUCGAACAGUUUCCCGCAGAAAAAGAAUACCAGCCAGUGAUUGCAAAGAGUCAAACCUGCGCCGCUGCCUUUCCACCUUGGACUUAGUGGCUCUGGGCGUGGGCAGUACUUUGGGGGCAGGGGUAUACGUCUUAGCAGGAGAAGUAGCCAAGACCAACUCUGGCCCAAGCAUUGUCAUCUCCUUCCUAAUUGCUGCUCUGGUAUCUGUCUUGGCAGGAUUGUGUUAUGCCGAAUUUGGAGCCCGGGUCCCUCUGACAGGAUCAGCUUACCUCUACAGUUAUAUCACAGUGGGAGAGGUGUGGGCAUUCAUCACUGGCUGGAACCUGCUGCUCUCCUAUGUAAUUGGAACCUCCAGUGUGGCCAGAGCCUGGAGUGCUACUUUUGAUGAACUCCUGGGCAAAAGAAUGGGGAUCUUUUUCAGCACCCACAUGUCCAUCAGCUCUCCCGGAUUGGCAGAAUACCCUGAUAUCUUUGCUGUUUGCCUCAUUAUGAUACUGGCAGGGCUGCUAUCCAUCGGAGUAAAAGAAUCCACCACAGUGAAUAAAGCCUUCACAGCUGUCAAUGUGCUGGUCCUCCUAUUCAUCAUAAUCAGUGGGAUCGUCAAAGGAGACUUGAAGAACUGGAAUUUGAGUGAGAGUGAUCUAUUAAGAACUAUGGCUCACAGAACAGGCAACCAAUCUGUGACUGGCAACAGAACCUGCCAUUUUGGGGCUGGAGGGUUCAUGCCCUAUGGCUUCAGCGGGACCCUAGCUGGAGCCGCUACCUGUUUCUACGCUUUUGUUGGAUUUGAUUGCAUCGCUACUACAGGGGAAGAAGUGAAGAAACCCCACAAAUCCAUCCCCAUGGGUAUUGUCCUAUCCCUGCUCAUCUGCUUCCUGGCCUACUUUGGAGUUUCUGCUGCCUUGACAUUGAUGAUGCCCUAUCACCUUCUUGACACCAUGAGUCCUCUGCCGGUGGCUUUUGAAUACAUUGGGUGGAACGUGGCCAAGUAUGUUGUAGCUGUGGGGUCCCUGUGUGCUCUGACCACAAGCCUGUUGGGUUCUAUGUUCCCAAUGCCCCGGAUUUUAUUUGCCAUGGCCAGGGAUGGACUCCUCUUCCAGCCUCUGGCCAAAGUGAGCAGCCGACAGAGUCCAGUGAUUGCAACCAUGGUGUCUGGAGCUGUUGCAGCUGUGAUGGCUUUACUUUUUGAUCUGAAGGCCUUAGUUGACAUGAUGUCCAUUGGGACACUGCUUGCCUACACUCUAGUUGGUAUCUGCGUUCUUCUCCUCAGGUACCAGCCUGAGCCCAAUGCUUUAGGCUCCUCAGGAAAGAAGAGGACAAGCAGAAUACUCUGGGUAGACCUCUUAAUUGACCCAGAUAUCAUUCCAUCCCAGCACUCCUCCCGUCUAGUGUCCCGUACUGUCUCUCUGAUAGCUGCCCUAGUCUGCCUUGUCGGUGUGGUGACCACUGUAGGACUGCCAUGCUUGCUAUCUGGAAGCGCCUGGUGCAUUGUCUGCCUCGUUCUCCUCCUUCUGGGGAUUCUUGUGGCGUCGCUAAUCAUCUGGAGGCAGCCUCAGAGUCAGAAGAAAGCAGCUUUCAUGGUCCCCUGCCUGCCAUUCUUGCCCAUCCUCAGUGUCCUAGUCAAUAGCUGUCUAAUGGCCCAACUCAGCAGUGACACUUGGCUUAGGUACUUGGUAUGGAUGGCUUUUGGCCUCCUAAUUUACUUUGGCUACGGGAUCCGGCACAGCGCAGAGAGACACAGGGAUACAGAUCUGUCACUACAGAAGACAAAACAUGAAAGAGGUGAUGCAGAUUCAGCUGCCAUUUGCAAAAAAUAACUUUAGGGGAAUGAUGAUACGGACCUAUUGAUUCUCACUUAUCAAAGGACUUCAUAAUAAUAGUCUCACUGGCCGGACUGAUUUCCCUGAA